CGCCCGCCCGCCCGCGACGCGCUCCUCCGAUCCAGCGCCGACCUCCAGCCUCUGCGCCCCUCAUGAUGGAAAUUAAGUUGAGCAUAGUUCCAUGGUUUCUGUUUGGACAUUAGAAGCUGUGGUGCCAUUCUCUGUCAUCUCAGGACAACUUUGGAGCACAGUUUCAGAGAAAAUCAGAAGAACAUUUUUUGAUAAGCUGGAAGGGAGGUUCUUAUUUGGAUAACAUCAGCUAUUUCAAAGAAAAUCAGAAGACUAAUAAACAAAGGUUCAAAUGAGUGGUGUUGCUAGGAAAGGGAGGUCCAAGUGGGACACGAAAGAAGUUUCUCGUGAUGUUGUUGAGAUCAGUGAAGAUGAUUCUCCUCCUAAGAAUACAGAUGACCGUCGUAAGGAUGGAGGUUUGCACCCUAGUGGUGAAUCUUCGAACCUAAAACCUGAUGCCUUCAUGCAACAAGGCAGUUCAGCACACGAGAAGGAACGCACUGAUGGGUUUAAUAAAGAUAUCAAGGAAAGGCAAUCUAAAGUGUCAUCUGAAAGAUGGGAGCCUCCUCGAGUGGCUGACGAGGAGCAUAAUAAUAAUGACUGGGGUAAGGUAGCUUUGGAAAAGGCAACUGGUAACCAAGGUAUUAGCAAAUAUGCAGAUGACAGAAGACGUGGUGAUGCAUGGGGCACAGCUGUUGGCCGUGGUUAUUCUUCUAGGUUGUCGUCUGGUCCAGAUGCCUGGAGGCAGCGCACUCGCAGUCCAUCUCCAAGAGGUGGUUGGAACAGGUCGCGCAGGAACAGAAGUGGCUCCAGAAGCAGGAGCAGAGAGCGAGGUAGAGGCAGAAGCAGAAGUCGAAGUCCUUAUUUUGACCGUGGACCUGAUUGUAGGGUUGAGAGAGGCAGAAUACCUGGAGGGCCUCCUUUGCUCUGCAGAGAUUUUACAGCUGGUAGAUGCAGAAGAGGCUUGCAAUGCAGGUUUCCUCAUGAAGAUGGCGGGCGCAGGCAGUUCGAUGAGCAUUAUCCUGCAGACUCAAGGGAAAGGUAUGGUAAUCAGAACAAGGAUUUCAUGGAUCCACGAGAACCAAAUGACUUUCCACGGAGCAGGCAACCCCGAGGUCAUUAUGAGGAUGGUACUUGGGAAAGAUCUGAACCCCGAAGAGAUUACAGGUCCGCUGAGCAAUGCCAUGAGUUUGUCAAAGGAAGGUGCAGCAGAGGUGCAAGUUGCCGAUAUGUUCAUGAUGAUUCCACUUCUCAUGUUGGAUGGAGAGAUGAGGCUAGGGAAAUUGCUCAUGGUAGAGGUGGUCCUGAUUCAUCCUAUGGGAGUAGGACUGAGCACCGUAGAGAAAAUAGAAGGCCCUGUAAAUUUUUUGCUGAAGGCCGCUGCCGUCGUGGUGAAAUUUGUCCAUAUCUCCAUGAGGAAGCUCCCCAGAGUCAAAUGGGACCGAGCGCAUCUGAUGAGCCUCCAAAGUAUGGUGAUGGGCGUACAACAGAAGGGAAUUAUUCGAAUUGGGGUGAACAGAGUAAUGCUGCACAUGUAGGCUCUCAUAUUUUACCCAGAGAUGACAGGGAAAACCUUGGUUCUCAGGGUACUACUGUCAGAAGUGAUACUGGAUAUGUGUACAAAAACCGGCAAUUGGAAGAUGCUGGAAGGAGUCAGUACCAGAUUAGUCCUCAGGAGGAUUUUGGCCCUCAAGGGCAAAACAAACCUGAAAUAGCAGCUUUAAAACGGCCACAGUUUUCAGGUUCUAUGCAAGCAAGCGCAGAUACCCUGAACAAUGAGAAGUUAUCUGCCAUGGAUGGUCAGAGUGCAUCUGCCAACACUGGCAAUUUGAGUGUGCAAACUGGGAUUCAUGCUGCUAAUCUUUUAGGUGGGCAAAACUUGAGCCAAAUAGCACAGAACCAAGAUGCAGUUCCUCAAAUUGCUGGGGCACCAACUCAUCCAGUCAACAGCCAGCAGGAUGCUGCAUCCAUAUUGCCUUUUAAUAACCAACUUCAUGAAAGCAACUUUUCGUUACAUCCAAACAGGCAAGAUCAGUUUGUAGCUUCUCAGGCAACUGCUAAUAACUCAGGUCCUGGCAUGCAUAAUCAGCCAGUACCUCCUUAUAUGGGACAGAACCUACACGGCUACUCUCAAACUUCACAGGCAUUGCCAGAUCUCUCUAUGUUUAAUGGACAUAAUUUCAGUGCCUCUGGUCAAGUUUCACAAAAUAGUCUAAUGCCUUUGCAUGCUGGGCAGAGCCAAGCAAACAUUGACAUGUCCAAGCCUAGCCAAGACAGUGGUACUCAAAGUCUGCAAAGCACACAUAAUUUUCGUCCUGGUGCUCCAAAUAUGCAGAUUCAGAAUCAAACCUUGCAGGGGUUAUCUGGAGUGCCUAGUCAUGAUAAUGGUACUCAAAGCAUGCAGAACACACAUAAUUUCCAGCCUGUUGCUCCCUAUAUGCAAAGUCAGAGUCACACCUUGCAAGGGUUAUCAGUAUUGCCAAGCUCCAGCUCAGCUGAUAUGCCUGGAGCUCCCCUUCCUCGUAAUGCGGCAACAAGUGAGGAAGACUUACGUCGUGCAGUAAUAACAUCUUUGGCACAAUCCCUCAUAAUGCAGCCUGGUACCAAUGGACUACAACUACCCCAGCCUAAUCUGAAUCCGAACUUGAUGAUUGGUUCGUCUGGUGCAGCCGUGGAUGCUCAACCCAAUCCGUGGCCUUGGGCGCAGCAACAGGCAGGAAUGGUCCAGCUCACACACUCUAUUCCAUCUGAACAGCAAGUUCCCCAGACACUUCAGGCACCAAUGGCAGCUGGUAUUAGCAAUGGCAAUCCAGUGCUCUUACCCCAAACGGUUGUACCGACUGGUCAUGCUGCUACGACAGUAGCUAAUGAAACCGCCGUGCCUUCAGAAAAUAAGAAAGGAGAGCCCAAAGAUACUGAUGGUGAGGCUCCUGAAGACGGUGACAGUAAGAAGAACAAGGAGUCCAAGGCACUGAAGAUGUUUAAACUUGCACUUGCAGACUUUGUCAAGGAAGCACUUAAACCUACAUGGAAAGAGGGCAAUUUAACCAGAGAGGUUCACAAAACUAUUGUGAAAAAGGUUGUGGACAAAGUUACAAGCACGGUUGAAAACACCCCUCAAAGUAAAGAGAAGAUUGACGUCUACAUGUCCUACUCGAAAGAAAAAUUAAGCAAACUUGUACAGGCAUAUGUUGGCAAGUAUGUCAAGACGUCAUAAGCGUUUUCGCAAGAUGGCGCCACAGACAUCUGUACCGCGUCUUGUGUCAGUGAUUGGAGGCACCAUAUAUACUCCUCACAGUUUAGGAUCCUGUAAUUUAGGUCCGGCCUUGGUUAGAUUAAGAACAGGGUUCUUUUUAGUUCGGCUUCAGGUGCUUUGGCAACGGCACCAAAUGUUGCUAGUGUAUCUUUUGUAGAAAUGCUCAUCAGAAACAUGAGCUUUCUGUAGCAGUAGACACUGUGCAAGCUGUGGGGUCAUCUCUAUGAACAGAAGCCGCCUUGCAUUCAUGUAAAACUUGACAUAGCAUACUGCAGCCAUGUAAUAGAUUCCUGCAAACAUGUAGAACUUGACUUAGCAUAACUGUCAAUUCGGUCUACUUGCCCUCGGAUUGUUUCUUUUAACGUUUUGUUUGGGAUGGA